CUUGAAAAAAAGAGAUAAAAUAAGUCUUUUUAAAGAGAAGAGUGGUACCUUCAAGUGUUUCACAAUCUUUUUCUGAAUAAACUCUUCAAAUCCUUCAUUUGGAAUUUUACUCAUCUAAAUCCCUAUUUCAAAAACCAGGAAACAAAGUGGAACAUUUUCUCAAGAUCAUCAGGGCAAGAAACCAAAGAUUGUCACCGGUCUGAGAGAAUCCAUACUUUGUUCUUCUCAUCACCAAGCAUUUCAUGAGCACAGACCCAAGAGACCACGCUACAUAUAAAAUAAACAUCUGCUGCUUCUGCCUUCCGGGAGCUGAAGUUUUAAAUGGCAGAUCUCAAAGCUCAUCUCACCUCAAAGCGCCAUUCAGUGGACCUCCAUACACCUGUUCAUGCUAAUCUGUUAGUCAACUUUGACCACUUUGAAAUUUUGCGGGCCAUUGGGAAAGGCAGUUUUGGGAAGGUCUGCAUCGUACAGAAGAAUGAUACCAAGAAGAUGUAUGCGAUGAAGUACAUGAACAAACAAAAGUGUGUAGAGCGCAACGAAGUGAGAAAUGUCUUCAAGGAGCUCCAGAUCAUGCAGGGUCUGGAGCAUCCUUUCUUGGUUAAUUUGUGGUACUCCUUCCAGGAUGAGGAAGACAUGUUCAUGGUGGUGGACCUGCUGCUGGGCGGGGACCUGCGUUACCACCUGCAGCAGAAUGUCCGCUUCCAGGAAGACACCGUGAAGCUCUUCAUCUGCGAGCUGGCCAUGGCCCUGGACUACCUGCAGAGCCAGCACAUCAUUCACAGGGAUAUGAAGCCUGACAACAUUUUGCUUGAUGAACAUGGGCACGUGCACAUCACAGACUUCAACAUUGCCGCGAUGGUGUCCAGGGAGAUGCGGAUCACCACCGUGGCUGGCACCAAGCCUUACAUGGCACCAGAGAUGUUCAACUCCAGAAGAGAAGCAGGCUAUUCCUUUGCCGUUGACUGGUGGUCCCUGGGAGUGACGGCAUAUGAGCUGUUGAGAGGCCGGAGACCGUAUCAUAUUCGCUCCAGUACUUCCAGCAAGGAAAUUGCACACAUGUUUGAGACGGCUAUUGUGACUUACCCUUCUGCCUGGUCACAGGAAAUGGUGUCACUUCUGAAAAAGCUACUUGAGCCUAAUCCAGACCAGCGGUUUUCUCACUUGUCGGACCUUCAGAACUUCCCGUGUAUGAAUGACAUGAACUGGGAUGCGGUUUUGCAGAAGAGGCUCGUUCCAGGUUUUGUUCCUAAUAAAGGCAGACUGAAUUGCGACCCCACCUUUGAACUCGAAGAAAUGAUUUUGGAGUCCAAACCUCUUCACAAGAAAAAGAAGCGUCUGGCAAAGAAGGAGAAGGAGAUGAGGAAAUGUGAUUCCUCUCAGGCGUGCCUUCUUCAAGAGCACCUUGCGUCUGUCCAAAAGGAGUUCAUAAUUUUUAACAGAGAAAAAGUAAAAGGGGACUUUAAUAAAAGACAAGCAAAUCUAGCCUUGGAACACACCAAAGACCCAGAAGAGGAGGAUGGCCAGAAUAACAACCUGUGAAGUCCUCAACAUCAUCUUCUUGGGACAUUGCCUGGUACCUCAGGCCAGGAGCUUCCGGUUUCCACGUCACAAAGAGCUGACAGUACUUCUCGCCUCUCCACACCUCACACACCUUGGAAAUGUGAUAAACCUUUGGAAGGAGGCAGAAUGACACAGUGAGGAGUCCCUGGGCUCCUGGGAACUAGUUUGACCACUAACUGUGACCUUGAGCAAGUCACUAACCACUUUCUCUGCUUUGGUUUAUUCAUCUAAAAUGAGGUUAUACUAGAUGAGCGCUACGCUGCCUUUUUACUGCUACAAUCCUGUUAUUCUAAACAGCCUUUAUUUUUAUUUUAAAAGGAAUAUUUGGAUGUAGAUUUAUUUUUCCACUCCUUCUAAUCACACUGUGACAAAUGGGCAAAGGGACAUAGGUGGGUGAUUGAGUGAGGCCCUUCAGAGCUAGAAAACUUCCGAAAGAGGUCAGAAUCCCCCAGCCCGAUUGCGUAGGAGUAAAGAACUCAGUCUGGAGGAAAUGACCGGGGCCAGAUGAGGAAUAACACAGACUAAUGAGGGCCUUCCAGUGGUGUGCUGGAGUCAGCACACCACAUCAGCUUGUGACAGCUAGCAAGAGCCAGCUGUGCACAUCUGUCCCAAUGCCCUGUACAGUGAUGCGAAGUCAGGAAGUUGAAACUGGUGAUGAUGGGAGUAUUUAUACCAUGGAAAUUGGCAAAUGCUACAAAUCAGGGCUGUUAGUUGUUAAGUAUUUAUUAGCAUACUGCUCACCCUCAUCUAAGCAUGUUCCCUGAGGGCUAAUUGUCCACUUAAGAUUAUCAGAGGCCUGUGUCUGGAGAGGAUCAGAAAAGGAUAUUGAUUGCCACAUUGAAAGCAUGUCCACCUUGUAGUACAUCAGAGUUGUACCUUUGUACCUUACCCAGGAGUUAUAUUCGAAGUUAGAAUGUGAGGUGAAUUUGGAAGAUAGUAAAAUUGACCCUUGAGAAAUCCUGUAAAUUACCCCUAACAUAAGGUGGGUAUCUUUUCUUGGAGAAGCCCAGUAUAGUCAAUUACCCUUCAAUAAUGAAGCAAGUCAUUGUUUUUGGUUAGUUUUGUCUUUUAUUUUUGGUCUCAUUUUUGGCUAAUACCAAAUGAACUAAAAUGUUGAACAAAUCAUACCUGCCUUUACAGACUAGAAUUACCCUUACGGGGCAUCCACACAUCUGAGAGGUCUAAGGUCACGGAGACUGACUAAGGGAGCAGCAAUACUUACUUGUGCUUACUGCAAGAAUGGUGGGCAGAAUUGCCUAAUUAUGUAAAAUAUUCUUGAUAUCUCACUCUUUUUCUGUAUAUUUUAUUUGCCAAAAACAAAGUUUAAUUCACCUAAAUGAGAUGUGCGUAUGAUGUAACUUCACCCUCCUGAUACACAGAAGAUCUUUGCAGAGGAACUAUUUUUGGCAAUUUCACAUGCCCUAGGCAGAGAGUCAAGAAGUGGACAGGCCUGGGGGCGGGCGGUGGGGAACUGUUGUAACCUAUUGGCCACUUGGACCACCUAAUAACCCUUGUGCUUACUGAUGGAGAGUAUGGGUCUUACCAAGAUGGCAGUAAGCUGGCAACAGGGAAGACCAGGCUGGGGCCUAUUUGGGGAAGCCAGACAGAUGGAAAUAGGCAGGAGAAGUAACAGAGAUGGCUGCCUGCUACAGAGGACUUUUCUAGAAGGGAGGUUGCACCGGGACAACUAAACAUGGGUAGAAAGCCUGUGCUGAACUUUAACUCGGCAAUAGGCCGAGAAUUUCUGGCAGAGCUCUGAAACAGUGCCUCUCCACUUAAGAGCAACUAUAUUUUUGUUAAGAAUUAAAAGCCAGCUCUUUUGUUCUA